UCGCAGCCCGUUUCAUAAGUACACAAAGUUUCCACUGUUCUGAUACGCUGUAUGCGUAGGUCUAAUUGUGAAUAACUAGCAUGUCAAAAAUGAAAAUUAUUACUAAGUUAUGGUUAGUCGUAUUACUUAUUUGCAUUACGAAUGCAAAUUGUUCAAAGUCUGAGGAAAAACCUAGUUGGGCUAAAAAGGACAUUCGCGAUUAUACAGAUGCAGAUAUGGAGAGGUUAUUGGACCAGUGGGAGGAAGGUGAUGACCCUUUAGAGCCAGAUGAACUUCCAGAACACCUUCGUCCAAGCCCAAAAAUUGACUUGGCUAAGCUUGAUAUGACGAAUCCAGAUAAUGUCAUUAAAGCAACUAAAAAAGGCAAAGGUUUAAUGAUGUUCGUGGGAUUGAAGAAAGAAUAUUCUCGCGAUGAAACUGAAUCUAUAACGCAACGAUGGCAGACUGGCCUUCAUAAUAAUCAUGUAAUUGCAGAAAGGUACAUGAUUGAUGACAAUAGAGCAAUUUUCAUGUUUCGCGACGGUGCCCAGGUUAUUGAUGCAAAAGGAUUUCUCUUGGAUCAGCCGGAAUUGACAGAAAUAACAUUUGAAGGACAAACUUUUUAUGGAAAAUAUAAUAAAGAGAAUAUGGCCCAAGAAAUACCAGGUAAAUCGAAGCUUAAAACCAAGAAAAAAAUCUCGAAACCUGCUACAGAAACAAAACGUGAAGCAGCAAUCAAUAAAGAUGAACUAUGAGU